UGCCGUAGCAGACCGCGCUCGGCCGGGAAGUGUUUGCGGAAGUUUCUCGUUGUCGCCCGGUCGAGAUUGAACCGCUCCCGCUGUCCUGGGUUCGCCAAACUUUGUUUCGGGUUGAGCGGAGACAAUGGAUUUCAACUCGGAGUCUGUGAAGAAAGUUCUCUCUAAGUAUAAAUUUCGGGAUGUUGCUGUCGAAGAGCUGCAGAAAGUUUCUCGCCUUCAUCCUGAUAUGAAAAUAAUAUCUGGCACAUACACAUCUAGUGACAGUUUACAGAAGGACCUGCUCAAACUGGUUGGCAACAUCCGGGUCAUGUAUCAAGGGCGCUCAUAUAACCUGCCUGUCCUGCUGUGGCUCUUGGAUUCGUUUCCUUUCGCGCCUCCCCUCUGUUACCUGAGACCCACGUCCAGCAUGGUCAUACGGGAGGGAAAGCACGUGGACUCGAAGGGCAGGAUACACCUGCCGGGUCUGCACACCUGGGAUCACCCAAAGUCAUCUGUGAACGGGCUUCUGGCGGAGAUGAUUGCUAAGUUUGAGGAGGAACCUCCACUGGGCACCAAAUCUUCAGCCCAGGGCGACGAUCCAAACAAUCUUCUGACCUAUGUGUCCAGUCUCGCUCUUAACGAAGGUGGAGGUCGGCCUGAUCAGGAGGUCAAGGUCUCUGUGAUUGGUGGAGGAGAUUUGGGCAUCGCUGCUGUGUUGAGUAUUAUGGCAAAAGGCUGUGUCGAUAAACUGGUUUUGAUUGACGUGCCUGAGAGUUCAAGCAAAGGUGGCACCAUGGAUUUGGAGAUUUUCAGUUUACCGAAGGUCGAGGUCUCCAAAGACCUGUCGGCCUCGGCGGGCUCCAGGGUGCUGGUGAUCACAGCCAAUGCCUGGAGUGAUGAGCAGUCCUAUCUGAGUGUAGUUCAGACGAAUGUGGACAUGUUCAGAAGCAUCAUCCCUCGUCUGGCCCAGCUCAGUCCCAAAGCCGUGCUGCUCAUCGCCUCUCAGCCAGUGGACAUUAUGACACACGUGGCCUGGAGACAGAGUCAUCUUCUGCCCACUCAGGUGAUCGGCGUGGGCUGUAACCUGGACUCGGAGAGACUGUCUCACAUCAUCAACAUCUCACUGGUGGCGAACAGCACGGGCAAGCAGGCCUGGGUCAUCGGAGAACUGUCCGAGAACAAGGUGGCAUUGUGGGGUAAUAUGGGGCCGGGAACUGACCAGCUACAGACGUUAACUCCAGUGUCCAACUCCACCAAACCGUUAAUGGACAGGGCCUUAGAGAUGCUCAAAUGCAGAGGUCAGAGGUCAUGGUCGGUCGGGCUGUCCGUCGCUGACAUUGUUCACAGCAUUGUAACGGACAAAAAGAAGAUACACUCCGUCACAACGCUGGCUGAGGGAUGGGGUGGAAUUGGUUCCAAAGUGUUCCUCAGCUUGCCUUGCAUCCUCGGUGAAAACGGCUCUACCCGAUUACCAGGAGUGGCUCUGGGUUCCGAGGAUGAAAUGAAGCUGAGGGAGAGUGUGGCGUGUCAGGUCAACCUCUUCAUGCAGCUGAGAUUGUAACUCGGGUACUGGAUGAAACCACAUCUCCUCUACAAGUUCUGUUACAGUCGCAGCUUUAAGACACGGAAGGUAAAGAUGCACAUUAGACUUUCCUGCAAUAAUCUUUAUAUGCUCACAGCAGCCACUGCGACAGUCUGACACCAAUAGCACUGAAGACUUGGUUUCCUUUUGAAGCAUUACGUAUAUUAUUAUUGCACUUGUUUACAAACUAUGUAUAUGCAAUCCUUUUGGACCUGUAAGUGGUUAUCUGUGAGAAUACUACAACAUUGGGGCCUUUAUGAAGGUUAUGUUUGGCUUUAAGUGCUUGUUAAACGCUGUUACCAUUUAGGCGGGUCUGUGAUUGCUUGUAAAUCAAUUAAAGUGCACGGGUUCCCGAUGUGCUUUUAUGCAAGUGAAUGUAUAUUAAUUUAUCAAGAAAUACAUUUGACCCUGUUAUUAUAUUUUAUCACAUGCUUGUGCCAUAUACCUCUGAAUGUGAAAUUAGAAUCGACAACAGCAAUAAUGUAAAUAUUAAAAUAAACACUUUAUGUACUGUUUUUCUUAUUGCAAAAA